AUGAAAUUGUUGGGCGUUGUCUGCCUGCUUGCCCUGGUGCUUUUCGCAGCGGCCGAAGAUGAAAAGAAACCAGUGGCGGAGGCCAAAGUAGAUGACAGCAAGGCCGACGAGAGCCAGAACCUGGACGAGAAGAAGCAGGACAAACGGGGUCUGCACGGGUGGACCGGCAGCUUCGGUGGGUACGAGGAACACCACGAGGUGCCGCACUUUGAGACGCACGAGGAAAAGACACUGACCGUCGUGAAGAAGGUCCCGGUGCCGUACCCGGUCGAAAAGCACGUCCCGUAUCCGGUGGAGAAGCACGUGCCCGUCCCGGUGAAGGUCGGCGUGCCAAAACCAUACCCAGUCUACAAGACGGUCCACUAUCCGGUCAAGGAAAUCGUCAAGGUACCAGUCCAUGUUCCGGCCCCAUACCCAGUGGAGAAGAAGGUCCCAUAUCCGGUCCAUGUGCCGUACGAUCGUCCCGUCCCGGUCAAGGUUUACGUGCCAGCUCCUUACCCAGUUGAAAAGAAGGUCCAUGUGCCCGUGAAAGUCCACGUGCCGGCCCCAUACCCAGUGGAGAAGAAGAUCCACGUGCCAGUGAAGGUUGCGGUCCAUGUCGAGAAGCCGUAUCCGGUCGAAAAGAUUGUCCACUACCCGGUCCAUGUCCCAGUUGAUCGCCCAGUUCCGGUCCAUGUCGACAAGCCAGUCCCAGUCCCGGUGGAAAAGCCCGUGCCUUAUGAGGUCAUCAAGAAGGUCCCUUACCCAGUGCAUGUCCCGUACGAUCGUCCAGUUCCGGUGCAUGUCGAUAAGCCCGUGCCAGUUCCGGUGAAGGUUCCAGUCCCGCAGCCCUACCCGGUCGAGAAGCACGUCCCGUAUCCGGUCGAGAAGCAUGUCCCAUAUCCGGUGAAGGUCCCUGUCGAGCGUCCGGUGCCUGUGGAGAUCGAGAAGCACGUCCCGGUUGAGGUCGAGAAGCAUGUGCCUUAUCCGGUCCAAGUUCCGGUCCACGUGCCCGUCCACCACCACGAGGAAGAGCACCACCACGAGGAGGUCCACUCCGAGGGUCUGAGCGAACAUCACGACUUUGACGAACACCAUCACUAA